UUGUAAAUUAUCUCCCUUUUGCAGAAUGAGCACUGUUCAAGAUUCAGAUAUCGUUACUUUGUAUAGGGAAAUACACAAUAAUCCGCACUACUUGGAAGUCCCCAAUGAGAUGCCAUUUGUGGAGUCACCUCUUCAUACUGCUGCUUCAGAAGGCCGUACCGGCCUUGCUCUUGAAAUCUUGAGGCUAAAGCCUUUGUUGGGGAAGAAAUUAAACCUUGAUGGUCUUAGUCCACUGCACUUGGCUUUGAGUAAUGGACACACCAACACUGUGAGACGACUCGUCAAGCAUAAUCCGGACCUCAUUCGUGUCCCAGGGAGGGAAGGGAUCACACUUUUGCAUUACGCAGUGGAAAACGAGGACAUCGAUCUUUUGAUUUAUUUUCUUCUCAUUUGUCCAUCCUCAAUAAAUGACAUGACCGUUCGAGAUGAGACUGUUGUUCAUAUUGCUGUAAGAAACAAAAAUCUGAGAGCCUUUAAGGUUUUACUUGGUUGGGCUAGAAAGACCAAUAAUACGGCAGUGUUUCCCUGGAGAAACGAGGAAGGCAAUACCAUGAUGCAUCUUGCAGCAUUAACAAACCAAUUGCAGGUUAUAAAGUCAUUAAUCCGGUAUGUGCAUGUGAAUGAGAAGAACUUAGAAGGUAAGACAGCAUUGGAUAUCCUGAAUCCUGAAAAUGUAGAAGCAAGAAAAAAUUUAAUAAGGGCAGGAGCUAAAAAAGGUUCAUCACUUGUCGAUGAUGCCACCAGUUGUGAAAAUUAUUUUGAAGUCAACUAUGACGAUGAAAGAAUCGUUAUUCCUAUUUGUGCUUACCUGGAUUAUGGCUUGUCAGGAAAUAUGCGAAACGCUUUCCUAGUAGUAGUUGUGCUUAUUGCAACUGCUGCUUUUCAAGCUGCUCUCACUCCCCGUUUUUGGAUUUCUCACAAUGGUACCACUCCUGUUUUUCCCAGCAUCACAUCUGUUUAUAAUGAAACUGCUUCAACCAAUUCAACAAGCACCAACUUCGGCAAAGGUACCCCACUGAUUGCAAAAACAAGUGUAAUUAUGAACACGAUAACCUUUAGUCUUGCAAUGGGAACGUGUACAAUACUUACAAAUGCUCCACUUCAGCUGCUUCUCUUUCCAUCUCUUGCUCUAUUUUCGGUAAGCUAUGCAGUAUUGGCAUGGGGAAUAUACCCAGGUACAGGAGGUCAAUUUAUCGUAGAUGCAUUGGUGGUAUUAUACGUACUGCCUAUCUUGACAAUAUUUCCCUGGAGGAUCAUAAGUAUGAAAAGGCGAAUAAGAGGUGAUAUCUGCUACGGAUACAACCUUGAUGCGGUGAAAUAUCUCACAUUUCGUAGCGCAUUUACGAAUUGAGGACUCCUACUGAAUCGGAUGGCUAAAAGGAAAGCAUCACAAUGAAGGUACUGCAUCAAAUGUUUUGUCAUGCCUCACAAUCAAUAUUGCAAUAAGCACAUUAGUCGAGUAACUACAUAUUCAUUGGAAGUCCAAGGAAAAUCAUUUUCAUUUUAAGCUUAAAGAUGGUAGCAUGCGUGAAAGGUCAUCUUAAUAUGAAUUAUGUUUCUUCAGUAAGGAUCUGUAGUGGUUGACAAAGAAAAAAUAUUGUCUCUUAUUAGAUUAUGAUGUGCGACUUUCUUCA